AUGGCUAAUAUUAUUCACUCUUUUGGAAGUGGGAGCUUCCGUUCUUUGUUCUUGUUGUUUUUGAUCCACGCAACCCUGAUCAGCGCCUCACCUACGCCCAGCAACACCCUCACCAAGCGAGCAAAAAUAGAGACUCCCGAGUUUGGUAAAGACUACAACGGCCGUGUGGAAAAGGGCCGAUAUCUCAGGGACCUGUUCCCUCUCAGCAACGAAGAGACGGCAAAGAAAAACAAAGGGGUUUCCCUCGCGAGCCCGUUCCAGGACCCAGCCGCUGUGGCCCAAAACGGCUGGCUAAUAUACAUCUUUCGGUACCCCUUCGAUCAGAAGAAUGCACUCGCUCCUUCCUACGGCAACGUCCUCGACAAAGCCUUCGAGGAUAAGGAUCUUCCAGUAAAGAAGACGGAAGCCGCUGUGUACCGCUACUGGCACAACAAAAACUUCAUCAAAGAUGAUGACUAUGAAGAACCUACGAAAGCUAUGUACUCGAACGUGGUGGUUCCAGCCUCCGGGGCCUUCAUUUUCGACCAAAACAAGAGUCCUACGUAUUCAAAGGGCGAACUUAAAAAAGGGGUUGUUCCGGACUUGGACACGCUAUCCGAUAUUGCCUACUUCCAGUGGCUAGACGGCUGUGAGUCGAAAAAGAUUGACCCGAAAGGCCUCAAAGUCGUCUUCCGAUCUCAUGUUUCCCACAAGGGAACAUACGACAUUGUUGUACAGGCUUUAAAAGACGCGAAAUUUGAAAAUGUUCCAGGCUGGGACAAGAAAGCGGUGUUUUCAAUGGACAGCCGGGAGGGCCAAGCUAUUCUUGGGACUGUGCAAGGCAGCGGGACGGCCUGGAUGCUCAUCCAGCACAAGGAGGCUCUCGGCUUGAAAAAGAUCACCGAAGUCGCAGUGUUUGGACAUGGCAACGGCUUCGACUUCAACAAAGAUCCCGCCAAAGAAUACACGAACCUGAAUCUAAGGUUUACCAUUAAAGACGUUUAG